CCAAAUUCUCAGUUUUGCCCGCCAUUCACCCUUAAACCUCUAUAAAAAAAAUUCAUAAUCGAUGACAACUAUCGCUUCGCUUGUGAAUUUUCGUGAUUUCAACAUCGAGAAUAAGUCAAACAGCGAGAAUUGCAUAAAAAUUUUAGAACAACACUAAAAAUUUCGCUCCAACAAUGAGUCGUGAACGUGAUUCCGAGGUUGUACAUGAUCUUGUUACAUCCAAAUAUAAAAUUGCAGAACGUAAUCGGGUGGCAAAAUAUCGUUUUUUGAGCAAUGAAAACGUUAAUGCUUUGUCAGCGUCGAAGCAUCGAGGAUCGGAACCAUCACUAGCACAAACAGAAAGAGCUGAUGUUAAGCCUGUAGACUUGAGUGUGCCUGGAACUCCAGUAUCGAGUCGAUAUCUUCAAUCAUUAGGUAAAUUUAGAAGGAAUCGUGGUGGAAUAGACACAGACAGUGAAGCUGAUGACGAUGAUGAUGAAGGCAAUGCAUUGUCUAGUCUUCAAAGUGCACUGACUGAAGGUCUUAAACAAUUUGCAUCGGACAUGGAAAAAUUAAAAUCACAUGAUGUGGCUGACUCGAAUGAAAAACAACCACCAGUGACUGUAAAAAUUGAAGCUGAAUUAGUGGAACCACCUCAAAAUGGAAUAAAGGAGACAACUGAAAUUAAGGAAGAAAUUCCAGCAUUGCCAUUAAAAGGACCACCUCAAAUAUCAAAGAUAGAAAAAUAUUUCCGGGAAUCUGCAAGACGUGGAUCGCUUACUAGAGAUUUUACAGAAGUUGUGGAUACAUUUGACCCAAAAUUACUUAGUGAUCCUGAAGGCACUGCCAAACCAGGAACUCCAGUUAGCUCGAAAUUUCUUAUAUCUGAAAGACAUCAUAGCAGAAAGCUUCAGCCAUUUACAGAAAGUAUGAAGAAGCUUGAAGCACUUAAAUCACCAGAAAUUGUCAAAGUAGUCGAGGACAAUCGCAAAAGCGUGGAAAGUCCACCAGAAAAGCCAAAACGUAUCAAUCCAGUGCCAUUAACACCAACUGAAAGUCCGAUUAUAAUUUUUGAGGCACCAACACCACCAGCAACCCCAGUUAAUGAAUCAAAAAGUGAUGUUCCUAAAAAAUUAGAUCCAAAAGACUUCCCACCAAUCUCAUCGUCUGGAAUUAAGGUUGAUAAGAAGGUUGAAGAAGUUUUGAUCAUAGUUGAGAAGAAACUUGUUGAUGAAAAGAAGGCUGCUGAAGAGUUGGAGAUAAUUGAACAAAUAAUUGCACCGAUCAGAGCACCAAAGGAGCAAGCAGCAAAACCAGUCCAAGUGCAAGCACCAAAACCAGUCCAAGUGCAAGAAGCAAAACCAGUCGAAGUGCCUCCAGUAAAACCAAUCAUAGAACAUCCGACAAAACCAUUUGAACCACCAAAAAUCGAGGAAGUCAAGCAGACAUCAGAACAAGGUAAUGUUACAGAAGUUAAACCCAAACCUGAAGAAGAUUCCAAACCCAGUGAAGCACCCACAGAUUCCAAAUCAUAUUCCCGUAAACUUUCCGUUCCUGGAACUCCAGUUGAUAGCCGCAAAUUAUUCAAUCCUCUUGCAAAUGAUGAUGAAAGUGAUCUUGACAGUGACAUUGAAAUUAUAGAAAGCUCAGAGAUUGGAGAACUUGCUAAAGAGUUUGUUGGUAAGAUUGAGGAAAUGCUGCAAAGAACCAUCGAAGAUAAUCAUUUAGAUAAGAUAGCUGAGGCAAUGAUUGAAGAGAAGCCUGAGCCAAAGCUUGCAGAGAAGCCAAAGGAAGAAGUAAAGCAGCCAAUGGAAACCCCCAAUCUGGAACCAAUAUUAAAUGCAGCGGAAGACGCUGAGAAAGAUGAUAAAUUACUUCCAAUAGAGAAUCCAAAAAUUUUAAACUACUUCGAGCAAGCAGGCAAGGAUAAAUCAUAUCAACGAACAUUCUCAGAAAUUGAAAGCUUCAACGAGCCAUCAAUGGAUGUUAUCGAAAAAGUCGAAAGAUAUUUCAAAGAAUCGGAAGAAAAGAAGAGCUUAACGCGUGGAUUUUCAGAAGCCAUCAAUUAUAUUGAACCGAUUGAUAUUGAGCAGUUGCUUACACCAGGACAUCCAGUGUCCUCUAAAGUUGUUGAGCAUUUGAAAGAAAUUGGUGAAAUAGAGGAAGAGAAGCCAAUAGAUCCAAUUGUAAUCCAUGGAAUGGAAGCAUUUAAAAAAGCACAUGACGCUCUUCAUCCACCACCAUUGCAAGAUUUCAAGGCUAAAGAAUAUUUUGAGGAAUCAGAAUCACGUCAUACUCUAAAACGUGAUUUCUCAGAAGUCUAUGGUGAAAUUGGUGCACCUCCACGUCCAGCAUUAGAAAAUCCAGAAAUAAAGAAAUUCUUUGAAGAAUCGGAAGCACAAAAAUCAUUUAAACGUCAAUUUUCGGAAGUCAUUCAAACCCUUCCACCUCGAAUCAAGGAUAUUUUACCGGACGAGAAGCCACCAUUACAUAUCGAACGCUCAUCACGUUUCAGUGUCUUUUCAGCACCAGAUCCAACAGAAGCACGUCCCGAAAGUCCAACAAUCGCACGUAAACACGGUAAAAAAUAUGGAAUUGAUAAGUACUUUGCAGCAUCACUGUAUCGAACUGCUUAUCAUAGAUCAAAGAAUCAACGACGAGGAAGCGAACCUGAUCAUCGAUUCGCAAUUGUAGAGGAUGAAUAUGUUUUUGGUGAAAAUGAUGUUCUACGUAAUGAAGUCUUUCAAGAUGACGAUGCAACGCCAAUACAUCCAAUUCACCAUAAACAUAAACCGAAUGAUGGCAAUGAGGAAGAUUCAGAUCAACAAAAUGUUCAAUUUUGGAGAGAUUUCCUUAAGCCAUAUACUCUUAAUCUUCCAACUGAUAUAGUGAUGCGCGAUGAGCUCAUUGAUAAAUAUACAAAAUAUACAUUAGAAUAACAUGCAUAACAAAAUUCGAUUGCUGUGUUGAUGAAAUUUAUUAGAUUAGCAUUUUAGCAGUUAUUAACAAACAUCCAUUCAAGCUAAUUCCUAGAAUUUAACCAUAUU